AUGGAAGAAGCCAGUUGCAUACCUGGGUACAGAAACAUAAACGCGCAGCUGUUGUACAGGCCCCAAGAAGACUUUGCAUUCGUUAAUGAUAUAAAAGCUAGGCAGUUCUUUUACAAUCCAUACUUCCGCAAAGAACCAGAGGGCCCAUAUGUCAAGGAAUAUCGCGAGACGUAUCCGAUUGGCGAACCGCUGAAGGGGUGCGUGUUUUCCCCACUUAAUAUGGUGCAGCAAACAAUGAACAGACAAUGUAACCCGUUUGUGUCCUACCCGUACGGAGUUCCUCGGGAUACCCCAUAUGAAAAGUGCUCCAAAUGUAGAGGGAACAAAAAAGGUAAAAAAGACAAACGGGAAAAAAAGGAGAAAAAACGUCAUGAACGUGGUCAACAAAUUGAUUUAUUCGCUUCAAAAUUGAGCUGCCCUAUUGAUACCAACCCACCGCAGUGUAACGCGCAGCAUAAUGUACAGAACCAUUUUGAUCCGGCUGGGGAAUACCCCACGGUUCAUUAUCCAGAGGAGAGAAGCAGCCGAAAUGGGGAUUCACAUUACAGCUCGUUCGACAUGACCAAUGCACACGACUUGGAAGGAACAUAUGCGGGUUAUAAUCAUGUAGAAAACACAUGUGACGGAUUGGACAGUCCAGUAGAGAACUGCGCCGACUACGUCCAUGUUGACAAACCUGAGUACCAUUACAGCUACAAUGAAAAGGCAAAUAGGAAUUCGCAGGAGGGGCUACAAAAGGUAGACGGAAUUUGUUCUCAACACAGGGGUGAUCCUAACCUGAGCGACGAUGGCGAACGCCCCUCUGAGCAAAAAGUCACUUUUGAUGUGAAAGGAGAAGAUAAAUUCAGCACGAUGUUUGCAGAUUCCGAUGAGGACAUGGCAAGUCCCCAUAAUGCGGAAGCGCAGAAUGAAGUCGAGGGAAUCUUAAGCCAGUACAUAAACGAUAUUAAAAAGAAGGGGCCGAAUGGUAGGAAGAAUCAACGCCAGGGGAACACAAGUGGGGAUGACCCGUACGACACACCUGUACGAAUCAAUAGAGACGCGGAAAAUUUGCACAAGAACGAAAUGUUGGCCGAUAAAAUGAGAGCGCAGGAGAAAGGAAAAACACGCAAAACGUCCGACAUGCGACGAGAUGACGGCGCAAAGCGAGGUAAGCACGACAAACAGCCCAUCAAACAGGUCAAAAUUUGCGAACAUGAAAAUGUGUGGAAUAAGUAUAGCGUCACUGAGAGCUCCAAAAAGAGGGACACUUCGAAUGAGCGUUUGAAAGUGGGAGACUCAUCGGGGACAGGUGCCCACGGUUCGCACAGUCCGCGCAGUCCACGCAGCUUGUUCAACCAGUGCGACAACGAAAGGGCGAAAGCGUCGGACCAUCAAGGCAGAGCAUGCAAACAAGCAACUCCAAAGUACGAAGCAGCAAAGGAAAAUGUCAUACAGUCAAAACAUAAAAGAGAAACUGCUAACACCCCACAAAUGUCAACAUCAAAUGAGGAAGACAAAUGGGGUGCCAUAUCUGCGAAAAAAGGUGCACCCAAACACAGGAAGGGAUACUACAAUCCACAUAGGGACAUUAUGCCACCCAAAAGGCAAAAUGAGAAGAAAGAAUUAACUUAUAAACACUCCACCAUAGCAAUUGGGAGAACCAAAUCUUUGAGGUUCAGAAGAGAUACCGUCACUUUCGCCACCAAAAAUAUUAACUUCCAACAUAGGAAAAAAAGCAUUCUGAGCAAACAAAAAUCGAUGUUCGACACAAAGCUCAAAAAGCAAAACACGGUAGCUUUGAAGAGGAGAAAAACCAUGUCUAGGCUAAAUUCUAUGAAGAACCCACCUUACACCAUAGUCUUAAACAAAAAGAAGGUCAUCAAUACGCACAAAGGGAUACAUCCUUUGGAGAACAAGAAGGAUAAAAUGAGUGGUAAUACUCCCCCAUUUGGCGCGAGGAAAAUGCUCGCCAGGUCAAAGACCAAGGUUCUCGUUGAUAAUGACACGAAAAUAUUUAAAAAGGAAAAUGUGAGAAUGGUUUCAAAGAACCCAUUUAACCCAAUUGCACCUUCUGUGGAAAUUUUCACGCGUAACGAGCGAGAGAAUGGAAAACAGAAAAAAGAAACGGACACGACCGGAAGUGUCAAAAGAGAGAGUGCACACGUGAGUGCUAAUGCGGACAAAAGAAAAACCUACCACGGCUCUCUUAGAAAUAAGCUGAAAUCGAAAAAGGAGGAAAUGUUCCAAAAUAUUAUAUCCUUGACAAAAAACAUGAAGGAAAAACCGCUAAAGAAGAAGUACAACGACCAGAUUGACCCACGCGAUUUGCUAUCGGUCACGUCUAACAAUAGCAGCGCUGCGGCGGACGAUGAUUUGUAG